GGUUUUCCCAUUACCUUAGCGGCCUUCGGUCACUUCGGCGAAAAUGUCGGCCUUCAGGGCCCAUGGUCAUACGCUACGAGGUGCAGCACAAUAUGGAUGUCCGGCGAGAUCUCAACCUGGGCGUCGCGUGUUGAGCACGCCCCGCUCAACCGCAGUUCAUACUGCCAGUGAGCUAGUCGAUUGGCUGAGGGAGAAUGGCGCCAAAAUUGAUGCCGUGGAGGUGAAAACCAUGGACGUGCCGUCGGCUGGGCGGCCACUGGAUGUCGUCGUUGCUGGUCGGUCUCUGGCUGCGGGGGAGGUGGCCCUUAGCGUACCCGAGCGCCUGUGCUUGACCUUGGACCGCAUCUUCGAGAGCGAAUUUGUUGCCGAGUUGCUCACUACGGACAAGCUCAGUGAGCUGGCGUGUCUGGCGCUGUACCUCAUGUACGAGAAGAAACUCAAGAAGAAAUCUUUUUGGUAUCCGUACAUCAAGGAGCUGGACAAGCAGCAGGCUCGUGGUCCGCAGGCGGCUGAGUCGCCGCUGCUGUGGGGGGACCAGGAACUGGACUCGCUACUGAAGGGUUCCCCGCUCCUUCCUGCUGUACGGCAGCGUCAGGCGGGAAUACGGAAAGAGUACGAGGCGCUUGACACGGUCUGGUUCAUGGCUGGGUCUCUGUUCAACAAAUAUCCCUUUGACCUGCCCACGGAGACAUUCUCCUUUGAGCUCUUCCAACAAGCCUUUGCUGUCGUACAGGCGUCCAUCGUACACUUGCAGGGUGUGCCCAUCGCCAAGCGCUUUGCUCUCGUGCCGCUGGGGCCCCCGCUGAUGGCGUACAGCUCCACUUCCAAAAACAUGAUGACGUACGACGAGGACAGCCGAUCCGUACGGCUAGUGGUUUCGGGGCCAGUGGAGGCGGGACGACCUGUUGCCGCAUGGUGUGGUCCGCAACCGAAUUCCCGCCUGCUGCUCAACUACGGUGUUGUGGACGAGCACAAUCCGUUCGACAAGCUGCAGGCACGUUUCACCUUCACAUUGCCCACCUCGGACCCGCUCUUCCCCGCCAAGAGGGCCGUACUCAGUGAGGCCGGGUUGGCCACGCAGCAGAGCUUCGACGUCUCCGUGGCUCGGCCGUUGCCACCGCAACUGCUGCCGUACAUGAUGCUCGCGCUCGCCACCACCCCAGAGCAGGUGGCGUCCGUGUCCUUUUCUGAUACCGCGGGGCACGACCGGGAACUGGAGGCGGCGGCGCUGGCGGCCCUUAUGGCGUACGUACAGCGUCGUACGGCGGCGUACGCGCACCCACUUUGGCGCGACCUUGAGAUUAUCAACGACCCUUCGUCCACUCCGCGCCAAAAGGUGGCUGCCCGCCUCACCAAGAUUGAAAAGUCCAUUUUGGCGGCGGCGGCGGAGGCGCUGGCGGUGCGGGGCGCUCCAACGGAUGCGACGGCGCUGGGGGCGGCGGCAGCGCGGCUGGCUGGUGCGGGUGUGCGCAUGGGUUCGCUGCAGGACGGGCAGGGCCACUGCGGCUGAGGUGGCGGCUGGUGGAGAGUGAGGGCGCGGAACGACCGCCGAAGCACUCUCCCCUUAGCGGGAGGAGAGGGGCAUGAGGGGUGCCCACAGGCCCCUCCUGCUCGCGGUUACGCGUAUAUAUGUGUGUGUGUGUGUGUUUGAGAGAGAGGGAGGUGGGUUAGGCAGCGUGAAGCCGUUAGUGCGCCAAUUGGCUUUUCGCCGUUCAAGUCAGCGUCUUACUCGUACGUGGUGUAUUCUAUACCUAGAAAGCGGUCCGUGGGGGGUUAAGAGGCGGCCCAUGGGCGGGAACGCGGCCAAGAGUGGCGGCGAGAAGGACCGAUCAUGUGGUCGCAUGGGAGCAGCGGCCUCAGAGGACCCGGCGGGCGGGAUGUUCAAUCGUGUGUUGGCGGCGAUGCUCACGUGGUUACUGCGGGGGUUGCGCCCGCCGCCCCGUAUAAAAGGUGGCGCUGUGGCAGAGGUGGUUCUUUGCAGUGCAGGGAUGGCUUGCACAUGUGGCUGAGGGACGGCCUGUGGGAUGUCUUGAAACGCACAUGCACAACAGGAUCCGCAGUUUUCAGUUUUCAUUGAGAAAUGUUGGCGACGACCGCCCUUCGCCAGUGGUGCGGUGCAGGGGGACUGUUUAAGGGUGAUUUGUAUAAGGUCUAUGUGAACAUGACACCACAUCGGCGAAAGACGGGUGAACAUUUACAUGAGUAACAUGCAAGCAAGGACGGUCGAAAAACCGGCAAGUUGCUUUCGACACACUGAAUUUUGAGAAUUUUGUACGUGUUCAGCGAAGUCCGCAUCCCCAGUCCAAGUCCCUCACGUCAUCGCAUGGGAGCUACGGGAGGAAUAUGACACUCCGUGUCACCACCGUGUGAUGGUGGUGGUGGCGUUGUGAAGGUGGCGAUCUUGCUUGCACAUGAUGUCUGACGUCUCUGCAUUGUUGCGGCAUGUAUACGUUCGGACGUCAGAACUAUGUAAGUGUAAAGUGGAUGGUGG